GCGACCACCAGACUCCUUCUGCUGUUGUAGCCAGCGAGCCCCCAUAGAUCAGCUCAAGCGACACAAACAUGAUCGUUUAUCCCGUGCCACCGGAGAAACUCUCACCACAACGGUCGGGUACAACUCCUAUAUCUUAUGCUAAUGUUGUGUCCGGACAGGUUUUGGAGAUCAAUAAGCCAGGAGCUCAUGGACACCGGUUGGUGAACAUGAUCUAAUCCCUGGCAAUGUACGCUGGUUGUUCGAACACUGGGAUUGAGCAUCUCUUUCAUGACGUUCAGCAACAAGAUCAAAGCCCUAUGGCGUCCAACAGAGGGUCCCUAGGUCAUUUUGUAUCACUAUUUGGUGGUCUACCAAUGGACUCCGACGUUUCGCCUCUCAGACUCUCUGCCAAAAACCAUGGUGGUUUGGAUCCAGUUCCCUGCGUUACAUGUCCACUUCUAUCACAAGGAGGUCUUGUUCUCGUUGGGAAACAUGGUUGGAAGGGCGAUCAAGCUCGAUUUCCAUACUCUGCACUAGCAAUAAGCAAAAUUCGCCAGAAUGAAAAUGGAGCUUGAUCUAUCAAAACUAGUCGUGACGCGCACUCGGUUAGACGGACAGUGGCAAUACAUCGAGUACGAGAACCUCCCUGUUGUCCCAAGCUAGCGUCGGCGGCUCCGCAGCCCUUCGCUGGGAACAAAGGAACCCAACUAGAAAACCCUACAGCGUCUCUACCAGAGGAAAGAGAGGGCUUUGGCCCAUGGAUGCAAGUUACACGUAGAUAUCGGCGCGGAAAUUGCAAUUCUGAAAAAGGAAAUACGAAACCAAAUCAAGGGGAUCAAGCGGG